GACGCCAGUGAAUUAAUGCGCCGAGUCCAGCACGUUCACGUCAUGCAGCGCGAGCAAGGCGGUGUGUGGCACGAGCGCAGACUCAUCUGAGAUUAAUCACCAGCUUCAUCAUGAAUUACCUGCGCAGACGUCUGUCAGACAGCAGCUUUGUAGCCAACCUGCCCAAUGGUUACAUGAUGGACCUCCAGAGACCCUCUAGUUCCACCAGCUCCCCGGCUUCCCCGGCCACAGAGCGCCGCCAGCCGCCUGUACCACCCGCACAGCCGGCCCCUCAGGCUCAGGCUCCGCCCACACAACCGGCUCCGCAGGCCCAAGCCCCACCUGCUGCCUCCGGUGGGUUCCUCAGCUCGUUCUCCAGCGUGGUGAAGACGGCUCAGCUCGCCAGUGCCGUGCAAGCCAAAGCUGCUGCUCAAGCCAAAUCCGCCGUAUGCAAACCCAAAGUUCUUCUGGUCAUCGAUGAGCCGCUCACAGACUGGGUGAAGUAUUUCAGAGGACGGAGGUUGAAUGGAGACUAUGAGAUUCGUGUUGAACAGGCGGAGUUCUCUGAGAUCAAUCUGGUGUCCUAUGUUAACUCCGGCUGUACUGUAGACAUUCAGGUGAACAGAGGAGGCAGUAAAGUGGUCAGAUCUGUCAAGCCAGAUUUUGUCCUCAUUCGACAGCACGCCUACAGCAUGACUCCAGGAGAGGAUUUCAGGAAUCUGGUGAUCGGUCUGCAGUAUGGAGCAGUUCCAAGUGUUAACUCACUCUUCUCCAUCUACAACUUCUGCAGCAAACCCUGGGUGUUCUCACAGAUGAUCAAGAUCUAUCAGACUCUGGGUCCGGAGAAGUUUCCUCUGAAUGAACAGACCUUCUUCCCCAACCACACACAGAUGCUGACCGCUGCUUCAUUUCCAGUGGUGGUCAAGAUGGGACACGCCCAUGCCGGCAUGGGAAAGAUAAAAGUGGAGACAGCCAAUGAUUUUCAGGACAUCACCAGUGUAGUUGCCAUCGCUAAAACCUAUGCCACAGCCGAGCCAUUUGUGGACUCCAAGUAUGACAUCCGCAUCCAGAAAAUCGCCAACAACUAUAAAGCAUACAUGAGAACAUCUAUCUCCGGUAACUGGAAAGCAAACACAGGAUCAGCGAUGCUGGAGCAGAUCGCUAUGACUGACAGGUAUCGUCUGUGGGUGGACUCGUGUGCUGAGAUGUUUGGAGGUUUGGAUAUCUGUGCUGUCAAAGCCGUUCAUGGUAAAGAUGGGAAGGAUUAUAUCAUAGAGGUGAUGGACAGCUCCAUGCCUCUGAUUGGUGAACAUAUUGAAGAGGAUCGACAGCUCAUCUGUGAUCUGGUCAUGAGUAAAAUGGCUUUCUCUCUGUUGGGUAUCACCACACCACAGACGUCAUCCACUAAGACUCCAGCCGGGCCACAGACGACUCAACCCAAACGGACUGCAGGUGGCCCUCGCACCGGCUCUCAGUCGGGUCAAGCUUCACCUCAGCGGGCACGUUCUGCCUCUACCUCACCCAGCCAGGCCUUCCAGCCGGGUCCCAUUCCUGCCGCAGGACCGGGCACACAGAAACAACCGCCACAGCUCAAUAAAUCCCAGUCGCUCACCAACACCUUCAGUGAGACGCUGCGGGGAAACAUCACAGACGACGAGGCCAAAGCCGAAACCAUCCGCAGCCUGCGGCAGUCCUUCGCCAGCCUCUUCUCUGACUAGUACACGCAUGCACACGCGUGUGCUCACGGAGCUUGAGUUGGUCUGACGGCAGCUGUUCUUUCAUCAUCUGCCAUCAGAUGAACAUCUUGUCUCACAAACAAAACCCACUCCACUGACACUGAUGAGAGAUUUCAUACAAACCCUCUCCUUUAUGACUUUCAUUCAAAUUCUGUGUGUUGUGUUGUGAGAUGUUCAAUUAUGUCACACACACACACAUUUAAAGUCAUGAUAUACUGUAGAAUCUGAUGCAAUCAGACUCAUUGAUAACGUAUCAACCAGCAAUAUUGACAUCUGUGCUGCUUGAGUCAGUCUUCCACACUUCAGAUUCUUCCCUUUACAAACUUUCAAAGCUUAUCUCUCUGUUCUUUUUCAAUAUCCUCUCAUGUGUCGGGAAGUUUACCCCUUUUUACCGUAGUAACUACUGUAUGAGAGGAAUCAUUGCAAAGUGCAUUUGAAUUCUUAUGAAGCAAUGCAGAAGAAGCAUCAGAAAUGAAAGAAGCCGUUUAUAAUCCAUCACAUGAGCUCUUGAUAACACGCACAGUUACAGAUGUGCCAUAUUCUCCACACGCUUCCUUCACGUGUGUGUCAUUCAUAUUGUACAGUGUCUGAGAAUCCAGUGAACGAUCGUUCGUUUUCCUUCGGCUUGUUGAAAUGGACCAAAUUCUGUGUUUGGUGAAAAUGAAUUUGUGGUUUCCUCUGAAAAUGAAGUCGCACAUGAUGUCGUGCAGUUAAGCCAUAAACAACAGAAGAAGAUUCUUUCCGUGGAUGUGUUUGAAUGCUUUAAUGUGUCAUUGAUCGUGUGUUUAUGCGUCUGAAGAUUGUGAUGAUGUUAAUAACGUGAACUUCUGUGCCUCCGACCGACUCUUUUUCAUGUGAAUCAUUGUAACGCUUUAACUCUGAAUCACUUUUAUGGAUUGAUUUGAUUCAGGCGAGUCAUCUGUGGUCAGUGUUUAUCUCUCGCUGUCAAGAACAUUUGCAUGAGUUUGACUAGAUGUCAGCAUUUAAAUCUGAGGAGCCAUUAAAGAUCAUGAGUUUAGUGUCUACCUCACACUGACAGUGAAUAUAUGCAGAACAAAACAAUAAUAACUGAAACGCACACACAUGACGUGACUGUAGAUGAGUGAAUCAAAGCCAGAUAAUAUUCAUCAUGUGCUGAUGUCAUGUAUACGGUAUAUAACACACACGCUCUCUCUCUCUUUCUCUUCAGUAACACACGGUGACGUCAUGAUUUAAUGUGGCAUGUUUGUUUUUGUUGUGAAGAAGAUAUUCUGUAUCUCACAGCUUCAUCUUAAACUCUAAUGUAUGUUUGUGUCUUUUAAUUUAUUUUGUAUACUUUGCUCUGUUAUUUAUGGAAAUGCUAUUAAACAGUUUCAAGUGUUUAAUA